AAUAAAACACACGAAAACGAUGGGAAGAGAUAGCCCGCGAGAUAGACGUCACAGAGAUCGAUCGCCAGAAAGAAGACGCCGCUCUCGAUCGCGCUCGAGAGAUCGCCAAACCCGACGUGAUACCAGAAGAGAUGACAGUCCAAAAAUUAAAAGAGAAGUGAAGGAAGAACAGUUUAGUGAUAAUGACUCGCCAAGACGUCGACGUGAUGAUAGAGGUGGCCGACGGGAUGAUCGUAGAGACAAUCGGAGAGAUGAUAGACGAGAUCAUCGAGAUGAUCGUGGCGACAGAGAUCGGCGUGAUAACUUCAGAAGGCCGGAUCCAGUUCGAGAAGACGGAAAGCAGUAUGGAUUGGAAAAGAAAGAAGAGAAUUGGGGAAAGCCAGAGGAGCCGGCGAAGGAGAAAGAGAAAGUGAAUCUGGGGACAUCAGGAGCCUUGACAGAGGACACGAACACAUUUCGAGGUGUCGUUAUCAAGUAUAAUGAGCCUCCGGAAGCGAAAAAACCGAAUGCCAGGUGGAGACUGUACCCAUUCAAAGGAGAAGAGUCACUUCAGGUUCUUUAUAUUCAUCGACAGUCUGCAUAUCUCAUCGGAAGAGAUCACAAGAUUGCAGAUAUUCCAGUGGAUCACCCGAGCUGUAGCAAACAGCAUGCAGUUCUACAAUUCAGAUCGAUGCCAUUCACCCGAGACGAUGGAACUAAAGCUCGUCGAAUUAUGCCGUACAUUAUUGAUUUGGGAAGUGGAAAUGGGACGUUUCUGAACGAGAAAAAGAUCGAGCCUCAAAGGUACAUUGAACUACAAGAGAAGGACAUGCUCAAGUUUGGAUUCUCGACUCGUGAAUAUGUUGUGAUGAAGGAGCGAGAGAUUACGGAAGAAGAGCUCGCAGAAGGAGAAGAUGUUAAAAAGGAAGAAUCUGAUUGAUUGUUUUUUGCCUGUUUGAAUUGUUUUUCUUUCUGUAAAGUAUUUUGUUCUCACUUUUUUCGUUGUUGAAAUUGUAAGAUUUUGAUCACAAUUUGAAAAAUGAUUCUAGAUUUC